CAUGGUAGACUCUUCACUAUUCGAGCAGCAGCAGUCGGUGUGUUGCUGCGUCGAGGAGAGUGCAUAAAAUUCACGCCGCUUCCACUCGGAUUUCAAUUUCAGUUGGAUGUCGAAUGCGGACCAGUUCCGACGUGGAGAUUGUCUGACAAAUAGCGUGAUUUUUUGUUGUGUGCCGACCGCGUCCGACUAGUGCAAAGUUGGAGCACGCUGAUGUUUAGUUAGGAAUUCUAGUGAAAAAGUGCAGUUGUGAGUACCUACAGUGAUCCGAAUCAACAGCGCUUGACGGAAAGACGAACGAGACGCCCAUUGCAGUCGUGUGUGAUUUAUAUGGUGUGCUUUUACUUGCCUGUUCUCUAAACAUUUUCAUUACGAUUGGAAGAGACGUGUUGCUAGCUGCCCUCUGAGCGGGGAAAUUAAUCGAUUGCCAAUUCGAGAGUGUGAUACAAAUAUCCGGAUUUUUCCUCUGGUUAUUACGAGUAAGUGUCGAUAAUUAAUAGUGUUUAGAGGUGAAUGCGGGUUGGGGGCAGUUCGUAGGAAAAAGGUGACUUGGUAAAUUGAUAGGCGCACGUGCCAGGAAAAGUGUGAAUUGCACUCUCACUCUUGGUCCUGAUCUUCUUGAUUUGGAUUUUCGCUCUCGUGGGGGCCAGGACUGCUCAGCAGCUUGUGUCACAGUUCGAAACGUCUCCGAUACCAGACUCAUAGCGUGGUACAUGGGACUACCACGAAACAAUAGCCAAAGAUUAUCGGUAAAAAGUUCUUAUCUCGUCCAUCUAAAUCAAAACUACCCCGUCAUCAGUACGUCAUCAGUAAAUUAAACACUCGCGUACCGGCGAAUAUUCGAUUUAGAUAAGCAGCAAAAUACUUAAAUCAUCACCCGAUAGUCAUUGAUUCUCAUUAUCUAAAUGAUAACAAUCAGUGAGUCAAUGAUAUUCGUCUUAUCCGAGAAGAAAGCAGACCGCUCUUAUCAGUAUUAAAUUUUGAGUCUCGGACGCGUGCUCUCUGACUCGCCCUCUCGCUCUCUAUCUUUUCGUGUCUCUCAACGAGGGUCCGCGUGUCGCCGCCGCCACCGCCGUCGGUGUAUGUUUAUUCAAUCACUUUGAGCACUUUGGAGCCCCACCACAGGCCCCAUUCCUGCCGCGACUCAACCUACCCGAUGCGGCGAAGUGAUGUUGUGUGAGUGUGAACGCGUCGUCCGCGUGAAUAAAUAUAUACGCGAUCAAAAAGCCGCAAGCCAACCAGUCCAGUGCCGGCCGCGUAUGAAUCCAGUCGCAAAGUGAAUUUCUGCUGCUAUACAAAUCGGAAAUACCACAUGCUGAUUGUAGCAAGUCCCUUUUAGUGUGAUAUAACUGCAAGGGGAACAACAUCAACAUAUAUAGUUCCCUUUUCCGUCUGUUUACACACGUCCGAUACGAGUUUCAUCAUCUUCGGAAAGGAGAAAUUGAAGAAACAGACGCGACCAAAAGCCGCCUGGAAUCCGCAACCGCAUAGCGUCAAGUUGUGCAAUCCGUGUUUUUUUUUAAUUAUUGAAAUCCUAGAUUAUUUUCUCGAUUUUUGAGAAACUUGCUAGUGAUAGUUUUUUGUGUAGUGCUUAAGUUUCGAUUAGUGUGUCCAUAAUUUACACCCGUUGUUGAGUUCAACGUUGUGCAACUCAAACCACGACAGUCUGCACUCCGACCGUAGAAAUUGCCAUAGUUCAAAAUGAAGGAUAUCAUCGCCAACAGGAAUCUAAUCAAUAAGGAUACUAUCUAUAAGGACGUUGUUAUCAUUGGUAAUGGACCAAGUGGAAUAUCGUUGUCCUACAUGCUGGCAGGCAAUUGGCCAUAUUGGUCGCCGGACAAAAUUCAGAGGCAUCCGGACGAGCUGCUGCGAGCCCGGCUCAACUACUACGACUCGCAAAAGAGCCUGGUAGAGCAUGAUCUCUUCAGUCUGGCGGACGGACUGGAAGGUCGCAGCACUAAUCCAGUGUCACUGCUGCUGGACAGUCUGCAGCAUCCAUGCGCUGACCUUGGCAUGGAAUUACCCUGCAUGGUGGAAUACCAAUCCCACCCGGAGAAGGAAAUCGAUCAUCUUGUCCUAGGUCGAGGUCCUCCGGGAGGUUCCUGGCAUCGGAUGGAUCCGAACCUGCGCACCCUUUCCCUGGCCGCGUGGAUGUCCCUGCCCGGUUUAUCCUUUUCCGAGUGGGAAAAGAAACACCCACCAACGAUCGACCCCGCAGAACUGAGCAUCAACGGGUCGCCCCUAAGCAAUAACCACCAUCCGUACCUGCCGCCAGUUGGAACCGAGGAAGGCGUUAAAAUCCUCAAAUCAAAUAAUCACCACGGUGCUAGCAUUAAUCGUAAUAGGAAGAUACUUAUCGGUAGCAGUAGCAUAAGUGCAAAUCCUACUUUUAACGACUCGUGUGAUAAAUGUAGUGAACUGAAUCGAGAGCAGCAAAAAGUGCCCUUACUGUGCAAUCGAUGUCGCAUCAACAGCAGUAACAACAACAAUUCCGCAACACAAAAUCAAAACAAUCUACGGCAGCAGAACAGUAUCGCAUACGAAGAACGCAACGGUAAAGUCAAUAUCAAGCUUUAUCCACCUAGGCGGAACCUAUCGCUGAAGAGGCAACUUUCAAAGGAAGUUGAAACAAGGGCACUGAUUUCGCGAGUCGCACAGUACUACGAAAGUUAUGUGGAUGAGAUGAAUCUGUCCAAGUACUUUAUGAACGAUACUAUCGUGACCACGGUACUGCCGUUGGACUUUUCCGCUGUGAGUACUCCAGUGCCGGAAAGGUUGCGCAACGGACGAUGGAUUAUCUCAGGAUUUGACCGCAUAACUAACAAGCAAUUCACCGUGGUGUGCCGCAAUUUGGUGAUGGCCAACGGAGCCUCUGACCUGGCCAAUCGACUGGGCGUAAAGGGAGAAGGCCUGGAGAUGCCUUGGGUUAAGUACGAAUUGCCCCAGUUGGAACAUGCACUAGAGAAAAUUGACGAUGAAGCACGAUCCCGCCUGAAACCGGUGCUGAUCGUCGGUGCCGGUUUGAGUGCUGCCGAUGCCGUCACCAUUUGUCGAUCGUCGGGAAUCCCAGUGAUUCACGUCUACCGAAACCGAACGGCCGGAUUAGACAAAAUGCUACCAGGCAAUGUGUACCCGGAGUACCACGAAGUGCACAAAAUGAUGAAGGAUUCAAACCGAAAGUAUGACCUGUACACGCCGCUACCGGAACAUACUAUUGCAGACUUGACACAGUCUAUGAGCAAUGGAAAAUCUGACUCGUAUCGAGUUACCGUACAACAUUUAAAAACGGGUGAACGACGCGAACUGGAAGUGUCCUUUUGUGCUAUACUGAUUGGAUCCCGACCGGAUCUCCGAUUUAUAGCAGGGCUAACCAAGGGAUCAACACAACAAAACGGUCACGAAUUCUGCAUUCAAAACAGACAUGCCACCAAAGAGGAUUCGGAAGCAACAUCGUGCGAAAACAGGGCCCUUCAACCGGUGGCUAUUUGGUCUAUCACUGAGCAGUUGCUAGCAUCUAGGUUGGGACGGAAACUGUUUUGGUUGAAGAAUAUUUGCGCCAAGUGUCGCCAUUUGAACGUAUGUGAGCGUAGCCGGUACAAGCAUUAUCAGCAAGCCGGCCCUGGAACAGGUGAAAUCAAAACGUCUACAAAUUGUAGCCAUAAUCUAAGUUUGCUUGGUAGAAAUUGUGAGUGUACGCUUCCGGUAGCUACCAGCAUUAGCGAUCACAACGCUAGUACUGCAGGACUAGGAUUAGGCGAAGAUCCAACCAAACCGAUAGAUUGUAAGAGCAACCCUAUCGAUGUAGACAAGUACACUAAUGCGGUUCUUCGGUCUCCCUACAAAGGGCUGUUCGCGAUGGGACCGCUGGUGGGCGAUAAUUUUGUCCGUUUCAUCCCCGGAGGAGCACUGAGCAUCACUUCGGCACUGCACAAACUAACCGAGAAUGACUGAUAUGUUCCGGUGAGAGAGGCAGUGCGUGUGUUCUUUGUUUGAGGUGCUUAAUUUCUGGGAUAUGAAAUUGUACCUCUUGUCAUUCCGUUGUUCUUUCGACCCCAUGCGGUCAAGGCCGUCGGAAUUAUUUUUGAAAAAAAGACGCUUCAUGGUCUGGAGCACUUAAUUUUGGAAUCAGAUUUUGUGCACGGUCGCUGAGACUAACUCAGUAAUAGAGACUUUCCACUCAGUUGUUGAGAAAUUUCUAAAACCACGGUUACUCAGCUCUGAGUAAUUGUAGUUUAUUGAAAUUUGUCAUACAGCUGAGUUAAGAAGAUUCUCGCACUGAGUUAGUCUUAGCAAUCGUGAAGUUUAAAAUCACGCCAAGAUGGCGCUGAGUUUUUCUUACUCGAGACACAAACCUAUGUGGCGUUACGUUUUAUGUCAGUGGAACGCAUAAUAUUCUGUAGGGAUGUCGUGAUCUUUAUUUUUAUUACGUUUGUAUUUAUCAUAUAAUUUUAACUUAUUAAUGUAUAAUAGCUUUUUCUAAUUCACUGAUUUUAGACGCAUCCCAUUCUAUACAAGUGUAGAUUUUGUUAGUUUUUUGCUGUCCCCGGAACAUUCCUGCCUUGUCAUUAUCGAAUGCACGUUUCUUACGAAUAGUAGCAAUAGGCGUUUGCCUCAAAAUGAGUAAAUCUAGGCAACAAUCGAAGAUUGUUAGUAACGUAAUUGUUUUGUAUACGAAAUUUCAUAAGUAGAUAAAGUCAGCUUUGAAUCUGAUUGAAUCGAUUUUUGUUUAUAAUCUUGCGAUUCUUUAGUUACACAUUCUAAGGUAAACCGCCGUUCCUCGUUCUAGGCUACUUCUCCGAGCCUUCUUAAUCAUUCCCUCGUGCCGCCCUCCAGUAUAACCCAAAGUUAACAAUGCCAUACCGAACAAAAAAACAAAAGUGAAAUACUACCGAUUGUAAUUCUAAACCCUAAUAAUCUGAAAACAGUUCAACCACCCUUUGUCCCCGUUUCAAAUGUGUUUGAUGCAAUUUUGCUGAUCACACAACAGGGUGUCGUACGGCUUCCUCAGUUUUUAAACCUAUUCCCAGGAGAAGCUUUCCUUAACCAUGAACAAGCCUCAAUCUCGGUCAAAAGAUUUCCUGAAACGGGAUAUCAAAACUGAGCACUCAACCAAAAGAUAUACACCCAUAUUCUCGUUUACGUUCGAACCGUAUUUUCCAUACAAAAAAAAAACUGUAUGAAAAAAAAAAACGGUUUGAAUGAAAAAGGAAAUAUGGGUAGGUCGACUGAUGCAGCCAUACGCCACGCUCUUAUAACUACUAAAAUUGUGGAACCGAAUAGAGACUGAUUUGUAUAAAUGAGAAUAGCUAGCUCUUAGAACGUGAUAUGAUCAAAUGGACCGCAAAUCUUAAAAAAAAAAAAACAUUAAACUCCUCCGAUUUCUCUCUAUUACCAGCAUAAGAGUUUUUGAUAUAACGCCAUCCUGUCCAUUUCUUCAUAAUCUUACUUAAGUUAAAAAGAAUAUUCUAACUCCUUGCUUGUACAACAAGCAUUUCAUUAUAUUGCAACCUAUUUAAGAAGCGUUUCUUGCGAAUAUAGAUUAACUAGUGUGCAUAAAGUGAAGUUUAAUAUUGAAUCUUUCGCAGUUUUGUAGUCAUAACCUUACAACAAAUUCUCUGCUGAGCGUUUGUAGAAUCCCUUCAUAGAAAGGAUUAGUGCAGAUGUUUACAGGUUUUACGUAGCACGAGCAACGUUUGUUUUGCGAUUCAGUGCAAUUGUUCGUUAACAGAAUUGAAUACCUAAAUGGAAUCCAACAUAUAUCGAGGCAAUUAAACAUUAUUAAACAGGGUAGACUUGAAGUCGAAUAAAACAAGUUCAAUUUUUUAGACUAGUGAAACACUACAGUUAUUUUCCUUCGUUAUGGAACCCAAAGUUGUUCUACUUUUUCUGCGGAUUGAAAAGUGUAUAAACUGUUCAUAUUUGAUACAAGUUUUACGGUUGUUAUCCUUUUGUCCUUAAAAAUAUACUUAGUUUACUGUUGCAAUGAA